AUGCCCGCCCUAUUUUCAAUUUUUUGCAUUCACUUUAUCACAUUAUUUCAUACAGUUCUUUUUUCGUUUGUUUGUUCUCGUUUUGUUAUUUUCGUCCGUGUGCUUUCCUACUUUGCUUCACUUUCACCAUUGUUAUUUUUUUUAUUUUUCGAGUCCUCUGCACUGCUAAUUAAAUAUAUUUCCCGCCUUGUUUUUUGUUGUCAGCAAUGUUGUUUUCGGUUGUGCAUUUCCGCUGUCUCCCGCGGCAGGCUCUCUCCUUUGAGCUUGUUGGGUAUUCUAUGA